GUCAGUGCCUUACAUGCCUUACAUCUACAGUAGUAUUUGCCACCGCUACAUACGUAUAAACUCACAUCCACCUUGCAACUUUACGGUUGGGGCUUAUUUUAAAAGAAGGCGUUUUUAAUCGUUCACGACCAUAAGCUUUUCAUCCAGAUUGAAAUUCUUGGUUGGUAAAUGAAGACACCUGCAUGCUAUGGGUAUAAUUGCAUUAGUCGAUUAAGGAUUAUUCGUUGAAUUAAGUUUUUGUUGUUAUUUUUAUCAUUCGUUAUCAUCCAUGUGCUUGUAAACGGAGUCGUCUGCAAAAUGAGGAAACGGUUUUCUGGACCGUGGGUAUACAUCUUUUAACCGUUGUCGUGCUUUGUUCCUGCUCACUGCAGCAUCCUUUUCUGUUAACGACAGGUUUUGCGCUUCAAAGAACUGGGAAAAUAUUUUAUUCUGCAACUGUUUUAGUGCUUGGAGCUGCUUUUUAGUUUAGCUAAUUGGCCAUGUUCUUGAACAAUCGAUAGACUGUUGCAAAGCGGUUGAUGUAUAGCAACUACGUUCUCCAGCUGGAGCCAGACUUCGGCGCAAACUGGUAUUUUUCCCUCGAGUUGCGCUGCUCCAGAGGAUCAGUGCAUUGCAGUACUCCUUUGUAAUCGCCAAGGUCGAACAGGAAUACUGGAUUCGCUGUCUUUAUAAAUCAAAUUGCAGCUAUUUGUGAUUGGUUCUCAGCUGGCGGUAGCGGUGACCAGAGGAGCGUGUUUUAUUUUUGGAGCUGAUCAAAUUUACCGCAUUGCUUCUUUUUCAUUUAUGGUUAGCGUUUCCUGAUCGGAUUUGGAUUUUCCGUCUGUUGACUCGCAUUGGGAUGGCUGAGCGUAGGAGAAACUGGAAUAAAGAAGAUGACUUGCCAGUUUACUUGGCCAGACCAGGUACCACUGCACAGACCCCGCGGCAAAAGUCAUGGGGAAUGUUUGCUUCUGUGGAGGGGGCCUACGAGAACAAGACCAUAGAUUUCGAUUCUUACAGCGUAGGGAGGAAAGGGAACCGUACCCCGAGGAGUGGAAGCCGGGAGAUGCUGGAAGGGGACAAUUUCAGCGAGACAGCUAGUGAUGUGAGCGAGGUCUCCGGCUCGAUUAUCAGUUCCCCCAGCGACAGGGACGAUAAGACCCUGGGAGUGGAAAUUAAAUAUCCAGCUGGCAAGGAGUUACUACAGGGACAGGAAAAUGGAAAGAGUGACCGUUUACUUAUCAAGGGAGGAAGAGUGAUCAAUGAUGAUCAGUCUUUCUUUGCAGACAUUUAUCUAGAAGAUGGGCUGAUAAAGCAGAUUGGGGAGAACCUCAUAGUGCCGGGUGGGGUGAAGACUAUAGAGGCCAAUGGGCGUAUGGUUCUCCCUGGGGGGAUCGAUGUCAACACCUACUUGCAGAAGCCUUACCUUGGGACAACAACUGUAGAUGACUUCUACCAGGGGACCAAGGCAGCCCUGGCAGGAGGAACCACCAUGAUAAUUGACCAUGUGGUCCCCCAGCCUGGAGGGAGUCUUCUGGCUGCCUUUGAGAAGUGGCACGAAGCAGCAGACAACAAGUCCUGUUGUGACUAUGCCCUGCAUAUUGACAUCCCCCACUGGCACGAAGGAGUCAAGGAGGAUUUGGAGGUGCUUGUGCAAGAAAAAGGAAUUAACUCAUUCCAAGUCUAUAUGGCAUACAAGGACAUCUUUCAGAUGACGGACAGCCAGCUCUAUGAAGCUUUCACUUUCCUGAAGGGGCUGGGAGCAGUGGUCCUGCUACAUGCUGAAAAUGGAGACUUGAUUGCUCAGGAACAAAACAGGAUACUCAGCAUGGGCAUAACUGGACCAGAGGGACACGCACUGAGUCGUCCUGAAGAACUGGAGUCAGAGGCUGUUUUCCGUGCCAUCACAUUAGGAAACCGAGUCAACUGCCCAGUGUACAUCACCAAGGUGAUGAGCAAGAGUGCUGCUGACAUCAUUGCUCAGUCCAAGAAGAAAGGAGCUGUAGUGUUUGGAGAGCCGAUCACUGCGAGCCUUGGUACAGACGGAACUCACUACUGGAGUAAGAACUGGGCCAAGGGAGCAGCUUUUGUGACAUCUCCUCCAUUGAGUCCUGAUGCUACGACACCAGACCACCUCAAUUCACUUCUGGCUUGCGGAGACUUGCAGGUGGUGGGCAGCGCUCACUGUGCCUACAGCACAGCUCAGAAAGCUAUUGGGAAGGACAACUUUACUCUCAUUCCUGAGGGGACUAAUGGAGUUGAGGAGAGGAUGGCAGUCGUCUGGGACAAGGCCGUAGCAAUUGGUAAGAUGGAUGAGAACCAGUUUGUGGCUGUCACAAGCACCAACGCUGCAAAAAUCUUCAAUCUGUAUCCCAGAAAAGGACGGAUAGCCGUGGGCUCAGAUGCUGACAUUGUCAUCUGGGAUCCUGACAGGAUAAGGACUAUUACUGCCAAAAUGCAAAUAUCAGCUCUGGAGUACAACAUCUUUGAAGGAAUGGAGUGUCAUGGGUCUCCCUUGGUGGUCAUCAGCCAAGGCAAAAUAGUGUUUGAAGAUGGGAAUCUGCAUGUCCACCAGGGAAUGGGCCGUUACAUUCCCCGGAAGCCUUUCCCUGAGUAUGUGUACCAACGCAUCAAGACGAGGAACAAGGUAAUGGGAAUGCGUGGAGUUUCUAGGGGCAUGUAUGAUGGGCCUGUGUAUGAAAUCCCUGCAACUCCAAAGUACACCACACCUGCACCAUCAGCAAAAUCAUCUCCUGCCAAGAACCAGGCUCCUCCAAUCAGGAACCUUCACCAAUCUAACUUCAGCCUAUCAGGGGCAGCUUCUCGACAACAGUUGGAAGGGUACACAAAUACAAGCAAACAUUACAAGCACACACCAGCCAUAGGUGCACAGAUCGAUGACAACAUUCCUCGACGCUCCGGUCACCGCAUUGUAGCGCCCCCAGGUGGCCGUUCGAACAUCACCAGCCUGGGCUGAAGUCUUGGACUUGAGGAUUGUGACAUUACAAUGGAUCAGUGAGGGAGACUGUUCAGUUCCUUUGUAUAUCAGUGUUUUUGAGUCCUCAGAUUCUCUGGUAUUGAUGAGAAGAUGAAGUGUCUGUUUGUUUAAUAGGAUGAGGUGACCUUAGUGUGAUGUUAUUGCUCGAACAUGACUGCCUCACCAUUGUAACUCAUGCCAUAGUCAACUCAAGCAUGGUGCUUCCAUUACCCUUUUAGUAGACAAAAAGUAAAUCAGUAUUGUUUUGUAACGAGAUUGGUACUUUGCACUUUUUUCAAUGUGUUGGGUAGUUAGUUGCAUGUAGCUAUACAUUUUGAUGUAAAGAGUUUUUGCCAAGGUAUAACCUAGAUACACAGCUCUUGCAGUGUAAUCAAGAGCAGACCAAGUUCUAGGUUCAUGGAAUGAAUCACAAUGGAUUUUUUCUUUUUUUAGAGAAUGGUAGUAUCUGUUGGCAGCUAAGAUUAACAGGGAAUUUUCACAGUGUUAUCUAGUAGGAACGAUGCAAUUUUAAGCUAUGACAGGCAUAUGCAAAUAGUUUAGCAUUAUCUUCAUUUAUGUGAACUGCAGCACUGUCUUUACAAUAAGGAUGAAUGGUACUUACUCACAGAAAAUAAGCACACACCACAUGUUACAGUAAUAAAGAGGCACAGCAGUACAAGAGGCUCUGCUCCUCUUGAAGUGGAACUCAGAACACACUUUUCCCUACCUACCUUUUUUACCAGUUUUCUUUGUCUACACGUUUACUUCUUUGAUUACUGUUGUCUGGUGCUUUAAUGAUUAAUCCAUUCUUGUGAAAUAAAACAUGAAAAAGA